UUUCAAUGUUAAUCUUGACAUUCUUUAUCUAUUCGCAGAUGGAGAGUCAAUCAUCAAAGCCGAGACCGAUUACCUUAGGCAUCUGUACAUCAGCGUUGAAGUCCAACAUCGAGGCUUUUAUAAACAAAGUCAAAAGUCUCCCCAAUGUAGCAUUUAAAUUUAUUCAGCUACCAUACAAUGAUCUAGACAGCUUUCGGCUUUCAAAUGAAGGACUUGAUGGUGUGAUCCUUUGUCAUUCUAUCAACAAUCGUCGUUUUGCAAUCACAGACGUCAUGGAUGCACUCUAUGACAAGUUCUUGCCUCAUGUCAAACAAGUUUUCGGAAAGGAUAACGUUUGUGUUAUUGCACACGACUUUCCUUGGCCCAUGGGAUCGGGACGGGAUGGCCACACCAAGGUCAAAGGAACAUACAUGGAUACCUUCCAAUACAAACAAUUCACGACAUUCGAGUGCGCCAAACUGGCCAUCAUCUGCGGUAAACUAGACAAAGUGAUGGACAUGGAUGAAGAAGAUUGUAAGAAGAUUGAAGACUUCGUGUAUAAUAUGUGUAGAAUGCGAAAGUCAUAUAUCAGUGUCCCAAUAGACUUGACACCGAUGCCACGUGGGCGUUCCGGUUGGGGACUAUUUAAAAAGGUUUCUGCAUGUCUGAUUGUCAUUGGCAUGAUUGAUGGAGUUGUUUACAUCUGUCGGUCUUACUUCAUGAAUACCAUAGUCCUACAAGAACGUAUGUCAAUGGGCAUUUUCAUGGUAACUAAUGCUACUUCAUGGCAAAAUUUUACACACACUUCAUAGUGCGUAUCUCACAUCCUACAAAAUAAUGAUGGGAGUUUGCACUUCAUAGAGUUAACAAAGUGAUAUUAACUUUCAUGCAACCACAUUGAUUUUGUUACGCUUCAGCGAGAAAAAAAUGUGUUGGUUACUGACAUUACGCAAAAGGACCAGCAAUUUUAGGGUGUUCAGUAAAAUUGAAAAAUCUCAUCUCCCUGAGUGGAUAGAGAGAUGAUUUAAAUAUGUAAAUAUAUACCUUCGUUUACUGGAUUAAGAUAUGUCAAAAUAUUGCAUAAUUUUUUUACUUUUGGGGGCUAUGAUAAUUUUUCCACGACCAUGCUUGUAACUGACACUACGUAACUAACAUUACAGAGAUAACACGUGGAAGUAAAAUGUGUGGAAUCAUUGCAUUAAAUCUUCUGUCCAAGGCUUCACAUGAAAGUGUGUUUGAUGUGGCAGUAAAGCCGAGUUCCUGGGAA